ACACACCUGCACUUCAUCUGAACGCAUCACCCCAGAGACCAGAACACACACACACACCGCAGCUAUCAUCAUGGCCGAGAAGUUUGUUGGAACCUGGAAGUUGGUGGAGAGUGAGAACUUUGAUGACUACCUCAAGGCAAUGGGUGUGGGCUUUGCUAAGCGCCAGAUCGCGUCCAAAGCCAAACCAAGCGUGACCGUCUCCGUGGCUACUGAUGGAACCAUCACUCUGAGCACACCAAGAGGAGACAUCAAGUUCAAACCCAACGAGGAGUUCGACGACACCACCGGUGAUGACAGAAAGGCUAGAAGUGUCGUGAGACUGGACAACGGCGUGAUGGUCCAGAGGCAGACAUUCGAUGGCAAGGAGACGACCAUCGAGAGGAAGUUGGUGAGCGACAACAAGCUUGUCAUGACACUGAAGAUCGGAGACGUGGUGGCGAAGAGAACGUUCGAGAAGGAAGCGUGAGUGAGUCUGUGCAGCUGCAGGACCUGAAGACCAGAGAGACGAGACCUCAAAUGUAGUCCCAUUUUCCUCUGGAUCAUUGAAACAGAACUACGACACGACAUCUCUCUCUGUCAGUGUGUGUCAUGUUACUGCUCUGUGCAUCAAUUAAAAAUCUGAAUAAAAGUUCACUCGACCCAAUGAA